AUUAAAAAACUAUUCCCAGAUUCCCAGAAGCAAUGGCCAGCCCAAAAGUGCCCGCCCCUUGGUGUGGACGUGACUUCAAGCCCCGCUCUUUCGAUAAACACACGCCUGUCGUGUGCUACGACAAGCCCAGGGCAUCCGUUGUUUCUCAUAAGGAAUAUGAUGAUAAACGCUUCCUGGCCAUCACUGGAGAAACAGUGCAGACACUGGUAGUGCCAAAGCGAGAAGCUCGCACCUGGACCAUGCAGGAGGGCGAUCUGUGCCGUAUCACUGUCCACGAGGGCUCGCAAGUGGGCGAUUUGAACUUUUGGAAUCUAGAGAACACGCAGGAGCGCUUCUACUCGGGCAAGACGCGUCAGCUGCACUCCUCCCACCUGAAGAUGUACGAUCGUUUGUGGAGCUGCCUGCCCCACUUACGUCCCAUGGCCACGUUUGUGUUCGAUUCUCUGGCUAACUAUGGCAUCGACGAAGACGGCGCCUCUCUGCAUGAUGUAAUCGGAACGCGUUGUGAUGAUUACACCUAUAAGCUGAUAACGGGCCAAGAUCGCGUCGGCAGCUGCCAUAGUUCGCUUGUGAAGGCCGUGGCGGAGGAGCGCGGCCUGACCGAGCAGGAUGUCCAUGACGUGUGGAACAUCUUCAUGUGCACUGGCUUCACCAAAGACACACAGCAGUACUUCUGUAAGCCGAGUCCUGCCCGCAAAGGCGAUUUCAUCGAGUUUGUGGCUGACAUGAAUCUGCUGGUGGCUCUGAGUGCCUGUCCCCAGGGCGAUGUUUCCAUACCGGUGGGUGCCGAGGUGCCCGACGAGAAGUGUCACCCCCUUAAGGUGGAGGUGUUCCGCAAGAAAUAGGGAUUGUUGUCUCUUUACAGAGACCAAGAAUAUGUAUCGGGAUCGAGAUAUAUAUACAAGACACUAAUCAUCUGCAUGAAUAUGUCUAAGACAUACAUAUAAAAAAAUAGGGUAUACAAAUGCCCCUACUAGUAAGAAAUGACGUGACAUUCCAUACUCACUUACGUUACAUUCCAUACAAACCACAUUUGUUGACCUUUUUUGAAACCUUGUUUAAGACACAAUACAAUCAAAAUGAGUACCAAAAUGUA